AUGGUACACUCGAUAUCGAAUACCCCAUGUGCCAUUGCGUUUCUUCGUGGGCCACAAGUUCUAUAUCAGCUUGAACACCCUUUGCUACACCUUGGUAGAGCGCGUACCUGCGAUAUCAACAUUCGAAGCGGCAGUAUUUCUCGCUUUCAUGCCGCACUCGACUUAACGGGCUUGCAAAACAUAGGCACUUGUAAGCAUCUGGGCCCCAAAACUUUGGCUCCUGAAUUGUUACCUCUUGUGUGCGUGGAAGGCGAUGCUCGUGCUCCUAAAGUUUAUCAGCGGGAGGGCAGCUUCUUUGGAAGGGCAUUCGUUAAGGACUUGGCGUCCUUAAACGGGACAUGGCUAAACAAACGCCGGCUGGAGCCGCACGUUUGGUACCCACUGGAAAACGGAGAUGCAAUUACUUUCUCUUCAUCCGAGGAGGGGUAUCUAGUAUUUGAGAUUCCCGAAGGUCAAGGCCACUCGCGUACUACAGAACUAAAGGAAGAAUGCGGCACAGCCCAUCAAAACUGCAAAUCACUGAUCGUUCCAGGACGUGAACGAGAAUUGUCACAAAACAUCGGUCAAGAUAAGGACAAUCCAAGAGAAUGCAUUUCGCCUCGAACCUCUAGGUGCCCGACGCAGCAUGUUUCCCCCCCCCCUGCUUCCAGCAGGAAAGCGCGCAAAACCCCCAACAAAGUCGCUUUUUCUUCAAAAAGCAUUCCCAUAAAGACUGCAGCUAUUAAAGAGGGUCACGCGAUCCGGGAAGAGACAACUGAUCCAAACGGAACGCGUGCUACGUGUCCAAAUGUUGCCAGCAACCGGGAGUUUGAGUCUACAGAGAGCAACAUUAAGGCACAGGCUUGCCCGCGCUUACCCGCACCUAUUUUCUCUUCCCUUAGUCCUGGGGGGCCACGCACGAAUGAACGUGUGCUUCGUGGAGCUUCGCAAGCUAGCGGCAAACAGCUCCAACGAGCCAAGGAAACCGAGGAGGUGUCUUCUGAGAAAAGAUUCGCUGUUAGCACGAAAUGUACUGGGGACUUGUCAUGUUGUUUCAGCAGCUUCGGCAACGAGGGCGGCGACGACCAACCCCUAAACACCGCGGGGAUUCGCAACGUAGCCUCUUACCAUCAACAGUACCGGUGCACAGGUGUCGCUUUGCCGGAGGACACUCUUCCUAAUUUUAAAACGAGUAUGGAUGCUUUGAGCAGGUUCCGCACAGAUGCUCAUGAGAUCCCUUUCGCUCGCUGUCCACAUACGAAAGCUGCAUUACUUGGUUCACCAAAACAUAAGCACACCGCAGAUCCCCAUGUACAAAAGACCUCCCGCGAGACGCAGCAUACUCCUGCAUUAGGAAUAAGCUGUUCUUCAUGCGGAUGCACGCCAAGCUUGCUUGGUCACGGCUCUUGCCAUUCCUGCAACGGUGAAAAGCUGCAUAUACCUCCUCACGUGUCGAACUCUAGGGCCUCUUGCAGGGCUUGCCAUGUUCCGAAAGUCUCUCAGCCACACAGCAGGGACAGAAUCGAGAGUCGAGGCCUGGCGAACCAGUGCACAAGGCUUGCUUGUAGGGGCACCUUCAAUUGCUCCUGUGCAAAUAUUCACUGGGCACGACGAGCUUUGCCGAGUUUUGGCGCCUCCACUAUUGCCCCUGUAGGGCUGCAACAGCAGCCUUCCCAAAACGAAGGAUGCAUCACUUUCGAUGCGGUGAAAUCAGCUCCAACAAACCUCGAGUCACGCUCCUUGCCAAUAUAUACCUUCGACUGCAGCAGUCAUUGUACAUACAGUUGCAGUCCGCGAAGGAAUGCGUCUGGAUAUUUUCCGGAGCUUAUUUCGCUCCCCGAUUCAGAUCCCACUGUGCCCAUUGCUACACGUAGCCUUCAUUCCUACUUUCCAUCUCCAUUUGUAGCUUGCCCCUCUGCAGCCCACUAUAGUAAAAGUAGACAGGUAGCAGCCCGUGGGCCUUUGCUCCAACCUAUAUUGCAACGAGCAGGGAAACCAGCUGGCCUUCCUGGCUGGAGUCCGCAACCAGUGGCCCGUCAGGCUGCUUCCAGGAUCUUCUUGGGGGGGUUAUAUGCAGAAUCCCACUCGAGAUAUCAACGUGAAGCGGAGAAAGCCAGCCCCUAUGUACGUCCAGAGCAGACACAAGAACAACUGUCUGCUGUGCUUACCAGAAGCCUUAGAAGAGGGCCAGCAGCUUUCAGCACCGUCAGACUGGCGGACGAGAUAAGCUUGUUCAGCGCAGCUAAGCUGUCAGAAAACCCUCGGACACAUGCAAAAAAGUGUACCUCAGCUUGUGGGACUGCUGGCAUCCAGGUACAGCCAAAAAAGAAUAGCAGAAGCUCCAACGCCCCUUCGUCAACCAACCCUGCUUGCAGCCUAAAACCCCUGUUAUCGUAUGAGACCGACACAAUUCAACAUCAAACCACGGCUGACGGCAAAGUUUCAGCGGCAGCAGCAGCUUGCAGUCUAUUGCGAGGCUCGGUACUGUCUAAGUGUCCGCAAGGCAGGUCGACUACGGCGGAACGAACCCUAGAGAUCCAACAGAUGGCAAUCGGACAGCAGGACCCCCGCGAAAAGCAGGCAUCUAGACUCAAUCCAAUUGGGUGCCGGUCAAGAACCCCAGGGUGCUCAUCUACCUUUGCUAUGUAA